AUCGCUUUCCAAGUUAUUGUUGAACUUCUUCUCCUUGUAAUGCCAACUGCCCACCCCUGCCUGUGAAUAUGUCUCAACCCGUGUCUACCAGACCACUCCAAGAUGAUCUGGCUGCUGCUGGACAGGAAGAAACGCAGCGACAGCCGACAGGGACCCUGGUCACAGAAGAACACCACACCGGAACCAGAACAUCUAACAAUAAUGGACACGAGGACAACAGCGCACGUAAUCGAAACAACUACGGGGAAUCAAAUGCCUUGUACAAACUGCUCAACAAAGUAGCAGACGAGACCGGUGCGAUAAUUCAACUCAACCUUGAGUGGAAUAAGUUGAAGAGUAUGGUCAACGAUCCUUGUCCAGAGGAUGAAAAUAAAACCCCCCUCCAUCUUGCAGCACAGAAAGGCUUCAGAAGUGUGGUCAAGAAAUUACUCGAUGAAGGUGCGGCGGAUGUAUCUGUCGGUGAUGAAGAUGAAUGGACGGCACUUCAUUUCGCUUGCUCAGAGGGUCACAUAGAAGUGAUUGAUGAGCUACUCAGACAUGGCGCUGACCCCAGGCUGACUGACAGCUUUGGGAGAAAUCCGCUUCACGUUGCUAGCCGCGAUGGCCAGGAAGCAGCUUUUAACGCUAUCUUCAAAAAGUGCCCCGAACUUCUCGGAACAACUACGAAGGCAGGCAUUACCCCUCUGCACUACGCCAUUUUGUACAGCAGGGAACAAAUAGUUGAUAUCUGUCUUGAAAAAGGCGCAGCUAUCGAUGUCAAGGAUAGCGACGGCUGGACACCAUUAAUGACGGCGGUAGUGUUUAAAAACAAGAGUACGAUGGACAAGUUGAUCCGGCGCUUGAAAAAAGGGGUUAAAUCAGAGCUUUCCACGAGUCUCGACACCCGCGACAAUGAUGGAAAAACCCCGCUGAUGGUAGCGUGUAAGAUACGUUGGAGUGAAGCGGUCAAGGUCUUAGGUUCGGCUGGUGCUAGUUACGAUCUCCGUGACUGCAACGGACGUACAGCCCUCCACUACGCAGUAGAGUCUAGAAAAUUGCCAAUCAUUCGAACUCUUAUCGAAAAUACGGAUCCCGAGCUUCUUCUAGAGACAGAUGUCACUGGAAAGUCGGCGUUCGAACAUUUCGAUUUCGACCAGGCCGCCAACGAAGAGUCCCAGCCUACUAGCAUCACGGAACUAUUUUUCGAACGUGUUUUGUCUGGAUACACUAAAAAAAAGAAACUGGAGUGGAAUUUAAAAGGAUCAAAGCGAAGUAAAACAUCUCGAAAGCUGAUAGAAACUCUGACUCGGGAUAACAUUUUCGAUGGCAUCGACACUGAGGGCUUAGGCGUAUUUGAGCUGGCAGUUCACUCAAGACUGCCAUGGCUCCUCUGGAUUCUCAUCGACAAAUUUCCUGCAACACAAGAGGCCCUUAAGCUAGUUCAGAAAGCUCAAGAACUUGCAAGGAACUUACUUCCGCCAGAGAGAAUAUCCAAGAAGUCGAAGAGGCUCAUACAGACCGAGCCUAGAGCAGAUCAGGACGAUAAAAAGCCAGUUAGAAAGGACCCGGUCCUGUCCGACAUGUUAAGCUACCUGAGCGACUUUAUUGUGGCAGAAACCUAUAGGCGAAGUUUAUUUAAACCCAUUAAGCCGCGAGAAAAUCUUGAAGAGGUACUGCCCGAAUUUCAAGCUACCAUCACCCAAUUCCUCAUAGGUGGAAUCGAGAGCUCCCAGGGCGAAACAAAAUGGAUUAAGCAAUGGCGUUCGGUUCAAGAUGUGAUCUAUAGAAAAGGUCCGGGGAGAAUUGCCAAGGAAACGAUGGACAGAUGGUUUCCCGAUUCACAGAUUAAGGAGGACGAUACCCAGAUCACGACACGGCCUAAAUGGAUCCAUCUACCGGUGACCAACAUUGUUUGGAUGGAAGACCUUAUGAAGAGGAUCUUGGAAGAAAGGAAAUUAUCCACAAAACAUAAAAGGAGUGUUGCGUCAUUCUUACGCAGCAGUUGGGUUCAAGUCCCCGAUCGUACAUCCGAUUCACGACUGAUGCGGCCUCUCUACGUCGCCAAACAGGACGAUGAAGUUGACGUGCCGGAGACGGUUGACCCGAUUUCGACUCAAGGCUCUAGCAGGGUUGACCCAGGUUCGAUUCCUGGCGAAGUUGUCAAUAGCAAGACGAAGAUCAAGAGCACCCAAAGACAGAAUGAGCAGACACUACCAACUAUCUCUGCAGCUUAUAUGCCGUAUCUUUCCUUCUCCAAGUAUACUGUUCGCCCACCUACUGAUGAGCCAGAGAAGAGGGAACGCUUCUUCAACAAGCUGCUACAGGCCUACAAAGAUGAUGCACUUCACCGAUCUGCUACGCUGGACGAAUCAUAUUAUCAUUUUGGGUCAGAUGAAGCGUCUAGAGAGGACCGAGAUAACCGUAACAAGGAGCAGAUUGUCACAAAGUACUUGAAGGGACAAAUUGGAGAGUCCGAUCACGCCUUUACUCUAAUACGAGUCAAGCAGCUUUGGGUUUGGACCAUUCUGGAUGAGUGGGUUGUUACCGCCACAUCACAUGCAGUUGACGAACUCCAAGAAGAUGACUUGCCGAGAGACUUCUUGAAUCAUCCAGUCGUACAAGAACAAAUCACAGAAGAAGCAUCAUCUCAACCUAAAUUCGCGGCUCACAUCGCAACACUUAUUGCAAACUAUUGCGUAGAUGCUUAUGAGAGAAAACGGACCAAUGAAGAGCAAAACAGCGACAGUUCAGCUACCAAUAGCCAUGGUGGGGGUGAAAAGCGUACUCGCUCGAUUCGCCAAAUCUUCUCUGAUACUGUUAAUGAUAUUGCGAGAAAAGAGAAAGGAUUGUUUGAUGAUUGUCUUGGCUUAAUAAAAUCGCAGAAGAAAGAAAAUUCUGACAAUCUGGGAGCUGUUAUUAAAGAUGCUUCGGGUUUGGCUUGCGAUAUCAAAGAUCUUCGUGAUGAACUCAACAUCCUACGCAGCAUUGCCAAUUCUCAAGAAACUGUUCAAAGAGAAAUGACUGGGAAUCCUGAAACUUCCGCUGGCAUUACGGGGCUCUAUUUCAGGAAGGACAUUGAAGAAAUGGAGAACGUUGCUAAGCGUACACAGGAGAGUGUGGAUACGAUCCUGAGCCUUGCUGAAACUGAAAUUGCAAAUGAUCAGGCACGCCAGGCUACGAAGCAAGGAAGAACCAUGAUGGUCUUUACAGUGAUCACCAUCGUGUUUCUGCCACUCUCCUUUCUUUCGUCCUUGUUUGCAUUGAGUGACGUACCCUUCGCCCAAACCCCCGGCUGGGUUCAUGUUGUAAUUUUCCUCGUUUCCUUUGCGAUUGCUGUUCCCUUUGCGUCCAUUGCUAUAUUUUCAGACGUCGUCGCAAAACAAUGGGGAAAGAUUUGGGACCCAAUCGAGGAAUGGUUGUCAAAUCGCUGGCGUGAACAUCUAAAGAGACAUAGGGAACGGAAGGGCAGAAACGCUGCAUCUCAUGUUUGAAGCCAAGAUCGCAUAUGGAUUCUCGACGGGGGCUUUUAUGGUUCUUGAAUAGUGGUGCCUUUCCCUACCUACUGCAGCAUUCAACUUCACGGCAUCGAAUCCUUAAAUCUGCGAUAUCCUGAACGGUAAAUUCGUAAGAAAAAUGAAUCUGCGGAGACCAGAAUCGCAAUUCUUUUAAUUCAUGUAGAAAUGUUCGCUCACCAAGAGAUC